UGGAGUCCUCAAACUCGGCAGCGACAUGCUCGUUCAACCCUAGCCUAUCUUCUAGACGAUACAGUAAAUGACUUUAGAUUUCUCCAUUCAAUAGAUUGCGUACUGUCACCCAAUUUUCCAUUUAAAAUUAUAUCUUCUCUCCUGUCAGUAUUAGGUAAUUACAUCAUGGCAAUUGUAGGGGGAAGUGCUGAGCUUAAUACAGGAGCCCAAAUUCCAAUAAUUGGGCUGGGGACUGCAUCAAUGAACACCAACGAGGAGGAUAUUAAAGCAGCCGUGAUUGCUGCUCUUCAGGUUGGUUAUAGACAUUUUGACACAGCAAGGGUUUACGGAUCAGAGCAUGCACUAGGGAAAGCUCUGAAUUCAGCUUUUCAGAGUGGGCUUGUCAGCAGAGAAGAUGUUUUUGUCACCACUAAACUGAGGAAUACAGAACAUGACGACCCUGUUGCUGCAAUCAAGGACAGUUUAAUCAAUUUGCAACUAGAGUAUGUGGAUCUAUUCCUUAUCCACUGGCCUAUCAAGCUGAGAACAGAGAUACCACUUACCCCACUCAAAGAAGAGGACUUUUUGCCAUUAGACAUAAAAUCAACUUGGCAGGGAAUGGAGCAGUGUAUGGAGAUGGGGCUUACCAAAGCCAUUGGGGUUAGUAACUUUUCCUGUAAGAAAAUCGAAGACUUGCUGAAACAUGCCAAGAUUCCCCCUGCUGUUGAUCAGGUGGAGAUGCAUCCACAUUGGCACCAAAAGAAGUUGAGAGAUUAUUGCAGCAAGCAUAACAUUCAUGUGAGUGCGUGGUCUCCUCUAGGAGCUCCAAAUACUCCAUGGGGUUCUAAUGCAGUGAUGGAUAAUCCCCUUUUUCAAGAAAUUGCCCAAAAGCAUGAAAAGACUAGAGCUCAGGUUAUGUUAAGGUGGGGUUUAGAGCAAGGAGUGAGUGUGCUGCCUAAGAGCUACAACGCAGGCAGAAUAGCUGAAAAUUUUCAAGUCUUUGAUUGGUCUUUGACUUCCGAUGAUCAUGACAAGAUUAGCAAGCUUGAACAGAAAAAGAUACAGCAGGGAGAGCUAUUUGUCAACAGUACAACCAGCCCAUACAAGACUCUCGAAGAAUUAUGGGAUGGGGAGAUUUAACAGAGUCAUGCCCCUUGGUUUAAGCCCACCACAGAUAAUUUGGCACUUAGAAGUUGAUAUUUUAUAGAUUUGUUUACUUAAUCACCUGUGAGUGUUACUGUUAGCUUUCGGGGAUUUAUAAUGAAGGCAUUAGCUUGACUGAGUACAUCAAAGUUUUUAAUGGGUCAAAUUUUUAUAAGGUGAACUCAGAAUGAUACAAUGUCUGUUUCUGGUUCUCAAGAAAGCAGCAGUCUAAGAUGAAGUUUAAAAUAAAUUGUGGCAAGGUUUCAUGGUGGUCUAUAUAUGACUAUUUUCGAUUAAAAAUAUCAAUAAAUAUUCGAUAAGUUUUUGAUGUUCA